GUCAAGCAUCCAGCAGCAAGCUUCCGACACGACACGGAGUUCCUUUUAUCAGUUCGAUUCAUCAUGCGGUACGCCCUACUCGUUGUGUUCCUGUGCGGACUCCUCUUCGCCUUUGUCUCGGCUGGCGGUGGCGGCCAGGGAGGUUGGCAGAGGAGCGGAGGCGGUGGUGGCGGCCAGGGAGGUUGGCAGAAGAGCGGAGGCGGUGGUGGCGGCCAAGGAGGCUGGCAGCAAGGUGGCGGCGGUGGAGGCGGCCAGGGUGGUUGGCAAAAGAGCGGAGGCGGUGGUGGCGGCCAGGGAGGUUGGCAGAAGAGCGGAGGCGGUGGUGGCGGUCAAGGAGGCUGGCAGCAAGGUGGUGGAGGUGGUGGCAAGCACGGAAGCGGCGGCGGCGGUGGCCAGGGAGGUGCCAAACAUGGCGGUGGCGGAUGGUAAUAGAUAUCCAGCCAGUCCGUCGCGACCCCACAAUUAAACGAAACCCACGAUCACCUUCCAGCGAUUGCCCCGGCCAAGAUCUGUUCCCAGCACACCCUUCUCAUAUCUUUUGUUCUGAUUUAUCCUGUUUCUAAUUGUAUUAAUAAAGAAAGCUCUGUUUAGCAUUGUACAAUCUAAAAGUAA